UUUCAUAAAUGAUGUUCUGCAGCUUCAGUAUGUAGUGGAUGGACAAUCAAAGUUCAAAAUAUAAUAAGGAAUUUAAUUCCCGAACAACAUCCUUUAACCAUUCUGGUGAAAGCCCAGCCAGUGUCACUUUUUGAAAGUGCCUUCAGUGGAUAUAGCUAUAUUUCACCUGUCCCUGUGAUCAUGAGGUACCAGAUUCCGGUCAAGCAUUUCACUUUGGGAGGCACCGUGUUGUAAGCAUUAGGAAUUUCAGUUGCAAACUAAUUUUCCAUUCUGGUAGCAACUCUUAUCUGGAGUGUCAGCUAAGUCAUGAAAAUUGUUUAGAUUAGAAAAUGCACUUUUUAUAUACAGCCUAAAUUAGCUUCAUGUUCUGUAGUUUCUGCAACUUGUCUCAGAAAUCCUCUGAGUAGAACUGAUGUAUGAGACCCUUUAAGACCAUUAUCCAACUGCAGUUUGCUUGGCAAAACUGCAUAAUGCUAACCUUUGAUCUAGGCACCUGGAGGCAGGUAAGACAGGCUCUGCGUGCACCACCGUCCCUGGACCUGUUGUGGUGGACUCCUUGAAGCAAGGUAAACUUGGGCCUUGUUUGAGUUUUUAAAGUCUUUUUUAAUGUAAAAUUUGUCAUUUUAACUUUUUAAGUGUACAGUUCAGUGGCAUUAAGUUCAUUUGCAUUUUUGUGCAGCUUUCACCACUUCCAUCACCAAAACUUUUUCAUCAUCCCAAACUGAAACUGUACUCAUUAAACAGUAACUCCCCUUCCUCGAGACCCUGGCAAUCACCAUUCAUCUUUGUUUCUAUAAAUUUGACUAUUCUAGACAUGUGUAAGUGGGAGCAUACAAUAUUUGGUUUUUUUUGGACGGGGGUUCUGGCUUUUUUAAGGUGUUGUUCCUCAAAAUGUGUUCUAUAAACUGGCAGUAUUUGCAUAUCCUGGAAACUUGCUAGAAAUACAGAAUGUCCAGAUCUACUGAGUCAGAAUUUACAUUUUCAAAAGCUUCCUACGUGACUCAUGCAUAUUAAAGUUUGGGAAGCACUGACUUAGAUUACCUUUUGAGAAUUCCAGAUGGGUCAGAAACCAGACAAAUACUCAGUAGUGAGAAGCUAUGGUGUAUCCGAAGCUGUUAGGCAUUUUGUGGUUUGGUAGUGAGAAAGACAGAUGGUUUUCCUGCAUUCAGCGGCUUAGUCUAGAGAGAGAGACAGAAUGGAAUUAAGUGUUCAGGUGCUAGUCAAAAGUAAAGAUUCGUAGAAAACAAGGGUUCAUAUCCCAGUCAUCAAAGUGUAAAUUUUCCCUGCUUAACAUUUAGAUUAAAUUUAAAAAGUAAUAAUUAGGCCAGGUGUGGUGGCUCACAUCUGUAAUCCCAGCACUUUUGGAGGCCGAGGUGGACAGAUCACUUGAGCUCAGGAAUUCGAGACCAGCCUGGGCAACAUGGUGAAACCCCAUGUCUACAAAAAAUACAAAAGUCGGGCACGGUUGCGUGUGCCUGUAGUUCCAGCUACGCGGGAGGCAGAGGCAGGAGAAUCACUUGAGCCUGGGAGGCAGAGGUUGCAGUGAGCCAAGAUUGGGUCAUUGUACUCUAGUCUGGGCGACAGGGGUGAAACAGUCUCAAAAGAAAAAAUUAAUUGACAAAUAUUGUGUAUAUUCAAGGUAUACAACAUGAUUAUUUGAUAGACGUGUAAUGAGUUAUCACAACAAGCAAAUGGUACACUCAAUAUAGUUUCAGAGAGUGUAUUUAUAAGGGGACUAAUUAGAAAGGUUUGGAAAUGGUGUAGGAGAAUCAAAGGACUAGUGCCCAAGGGCAAAGGAAGGGAGUGGUUACCUGAAACUGGAAGAAAAGAUAGUUUUGUAGAGCAUCUGCUUUGAGAGCAGCAGUGACUUUUAUCAAGAGAUGGAGUUACCUUGAUGCCACAUCACGGGGUGAUCCAGGAGAAUGAAUAUGCCGAUUUCUGUCCUCCCUUCCUCUACUCUUCUGUCAGGCUGAACCCAACAGAGCCCAUUUGAUGUAGUCCAAACAGACAGACUUUCAGGGGCAGCAAGCAAGGUGGAGAAAGAUGGGAAAUACUAAUUGAAGGGCAGUUGAAAAAUAUGUUUAGUCUACCUUUUUGCCCCUUGUCGUCCUCUCUUGUCCUUAAUAUAGGUGAAGUUUCAUGUCCUUAACACAAGAGAUGCCUAGAGUCCCAUCAACUAUUUUAUCAUUAUGGGGUGAUAACCAUUUGUUUAUGCUUCCACCUUAAACCUAAAGGAUUAGGUAUCAUUAGUGUCCUCAUAUAAAGCAGCAGUAGAAAAGUGAGAAGACAAAAACAAGUAACGAAAUAUAGUUGUUAGAGUUCCUACUCGUAAAUGGUCAUACAGCCUAAGUAUCAUGGCCAUCUUUUCCUACCAUCCAUUCGAUGUUGGGUUCCCCUCACCCUCUGAGAACCCCUCGUUCAGGUUCCCCUCACCCUCUGAGAAACUUGGUGAGAUGACCAAACCUGUGUGCGGGGUCUGAGUUCUUAGUGAUUUGCUCUUUAUUGGGCUUCUGCAGCUUUCCGUCCUGGGAAUUACUGGGCAAGGGAGUAGUGAAGAUGUCCCAGUGAGUCCUCAGAGUUGCAAACACAGUCCUCCUUUCUCUGGUUGUGUAGCAGCAACUCAAUUCCCCCCUGGUAAUUGGGAUCAAUUACCCCAACUGGUGCAAUGGCUUCUUUACAUUUUUUUUUUUCCAGUGGCCUAAGGAGCCCCAGAUGGCCAAGAGGUAGCCUUAGCUUCUAAUUCAUUGAGACCAUAACUGUAUUGGGUGAAAUAUUCCUCAUUUAAUGCUAGAAUCUUCAAGCCUACUUAGCCAGGACUACCGAAUAAGAAGCAAAAACUCUUCAAGUGAAUUAUUAGAUAUAACAGUAAAAAAGGCAACUUCUGUUCCUACCCCUUGGUUCUUAAUUGCAGCUAUGCAUUUUGGCCUUGGGAGAGAUGACACCAUAUAUUCUCCCUGAUUUAAGCAUAGUGGCAUUAAUACAGUGGACCAGUAUAAUGUUUUGUGGGCUACUAAGAAAUUUAAGUUCCCUUUGGACUGUAUUAUAACAAAAAGUGGAAGAGUUGACACAGUCCUGGGGCAAGAUGGUAUUAAUAAAAUUAUGCUCUUGUCCCUACCAUACAAGUGCAGUUUCCCCAAAUUCCUUAAUGAUUGGAAUGGAAGAUAAGGCAGGUAAGUAGCUGUAUGUCAAGUCCAAGGGGCUAUGUCCUUUUGCUCCAUUAAAGAACAGCACAUCUGGAAUUUAGUUGUGAUUGGCAGCACAACCUGAUUAUCAACUGUAAUUCUUCAGAAUUUGUCUGGUUUUCGCACCAGCCAAUUAGGUGAAUUAAGGGAUGAUGGGGUAAGAAUCAUCACUCUGCAUUUCUCAGGUUUUUGAUGGUAGCAUUAUUUCUGCAAUACCUCUAGGGACAUAGUGUUUUUUUUGUUUUGUUUUGUGUUUUUACUAUUUUUUUAAACUAUAAAGUUUAGAACACACACACAACACACACACGCAUACAUAUAUGCAACUCCAGAGGUUUCUGCCUGACCCUUCCUACCAUAACAGUCCUCCUACCAGAGGCCAGGGAAAUAACGUAAGGACUCUGCUUGUUACUGAUAUCUAUUCCCAGUAUACAUUCUGGGACUUGGGAAGAAUCACAUAAUAAGUCCGUGGUUAUGCUGCCUAGAUGGACUCAGGCCAAGACUUCAUUUACCCUUUGAAAUUUAUAAGCCCCCAGUGACAUGUUAGGUACAUUGGUGUUUCCAGUCUCUGAGAAUCGGUGUAAGUUUAGAGACAGUAUCUAAUGCCCCUGCAUAGUCUAGGCAUUUCUUUUUCCCCGUGUGAAGUCAUUGCAGCCCACACUAUCUCUGGGGAAAGCUUGGGUGAAAAUUCUGAAUGCAUACCUGUGGCUACAUUGCAGGAUCCCUUCUCAGAAGGACCCAGCUUCCUCAUAGUUAAGUGGCUCCAGGACUGUGAACUAGCUUAGAUCUGGGAACUGGGUAAAAAGCUGUGAAUCCCUUCUAUAGUAAUCUGGGUUAGGUUUCUGUCUUGUAGACCUAGAAAUUUAUGUCUAGCUGCACCUUAGUAGGCUGCUCAUUUAUUUCAUUUCUUGGGAACUUACCAUCAAUUAGUCAUCACUACAAAUUCUUAUAGGUCAAAACACCAUGAUUAUCAUUUCUUUAUAUUUAGUUUAAUUAUUUAUUUUAGACAGAAUCUUGCCCUGUCACCCAGGCUGGAAUGCAGUGGCACAAUCACAGCUCACUGCAGCCUUGAACUGCUGGGCUCAAGUGAUUCUCCCACCUCAGCCUCCCAAAUAGUUGGGACCGUAGACAUGUGCCAACAUACCCAGCUAAUUUUUUAAAAAACUCAUUGUAGAGACGAGGGUCUCUCUGUUGUUCAGGCUGGUCUUGAACUCCUGGGCUCAAGUGGUCCUUCCACCUCGUCCUCCCAAAGUGCUGGGAUUACAGGUGUGAGCCCUGCGUGUGGCCCAUGAGUAUCAUUUCUUUCUUAUGGGGUUUAUUGUGGUCACUGCCUAGCUUGUAUCUGAUUGAUCAGGGAACUGAUUCCCUUGUAUCUAUUCCUACCAUUAUCUCCAGCAUACAGAGGACAGCCACCAUAGAGCUGCACCUUUCUGAAUUGGGAAUCAGUCACCAUGAGCAAAGGCACAGCACUGGGAAGGUGGGAAAAGAUAAACUCAAGAUGGUUUAGCACCCUGCCCCCUUCUUGCCAUCCAGUGGGUCUCUGCUCCAUUCCUCCUUUUACUUGUCUAUACGCAUCUUCCUAGAAUAUCCUUUUGAUUGUUUCCCUUUCCUGCCCAGAUACCUUCCAUGGUAAAGAAGUUUCUAAACCAUGUUCUUCCCAAACAGUACAUCCUGCAUGUUUUCUUAAUCAUACAUAUACAAAAUACAAGUAAAUAGGAAAAGGCAAUUAUAGUAACAGUUGCUAUUGGAAUUCCUCUUUGGAUUUAUUAGAGAAAGUACCCUAAUAUAUGCCUUGGGUAUAGAUAGUGAAAGCCCAAGCAUUUUGGGCCUGGUUAGAACUAAACUGUAGCAAACAAGGGAGAAGUUUUUCAGGGACUCUGGAAUGGGAGAGAGAGAGAACACUGGGAUAGCUGAGAGGAGCCAGGAGUUGGUGAAGUCUUUGCAUUAGGGGAUGUGACACUUCACAGGCACCCCUCACCCCUAUGUUUUUAGUAAAAACUACCAAGAACUUGAUGUGUAAGGAUUUCUUAUAGAUGCCAGUAAAAAGGUUAAGUCAUGCACCAGGAAGCUUUGCAGAAAAACAGUCUACACCCAAGGAUGCAGGAGCACAGGAGUAGAGAAGAACAUAAGGAGGAAUUCUUGAGAAUUUGUUGGAUUAUCGGGGACACUUUGGGCUGACACAGGGAGUGGGGCUGGGAUAUAGGCAGAGUGUAAUCAGACCACUGAGGGGCAGGGAGUCUCUAACAUCUAAGUUACGUGCUUAUAUUUUAAAUUUUUGUGAUUUUAGUUUUUGCUUGCUCCAUUAGAGUAGAAAAUAAGUAUUUGUUGAAUAAGUUAGAAAAAUGAAUGAAUGAAUGAAUUGCUUUCAGGACUAUGCCACAAAAUGUUAGGAAAGGGCCUUAAGGAUCUAUUAGUUAAAACUGUUGAGCAAUUAGUUCAAUGUUGUUAGGUAUUGAUCUCACUGCCAAUGAUAAUAACCAUUAGCAGCAAUAACAACAGUCACCGCUAUGAGUGCCUACCAUGAAUCAGACAGUUUACAUUUAUAAUCUCUAUUUUUUUAAACCUUUCAAGAAAAGUGUCAUUAUUGCUACUUUUCAAAUAUGUUGUCCACAGUUUCUCAAUUAGUAACCCAAAUCUGCCUGUUUCUAAGCGGGGGUGUGCCCACCUCUUUGGCUAUGCUUUUUCUCAGCUCAUUCAUUCCAAAGACAGACCAUUUAACCAUUGGAUUUGGGGCAACAAAGGUGGAUCAAUCAUGAAUCCUUCACUAAAAGAGCUUGCUUUGUAAUAGAUGAAACAGUUUAAUUUUUAGAUCUAGUGUUAUAAGGGUUUAAGUAGUAGCACACUGUCAACCUUCUGUUGGAAUGAAAAGAAUAACUGAUGACCACAAAAAAGCAAUUCUGCUUAAACCAGGGUCUCUCACCCUUGGCACUAUUAAAUUAUCAGUACAGGCGGUCCCUGACUUCUGAUGGUUCAACCUACGAUUUUUCAACUCUACAACAGUGCAAACAACGGCAACAACAACAACAAAAAGUGUUGUCAGUUUGUUCAUUGACUUAUGAUGGAGUUACAUCCUGAUAAAAUAGUGGUUAGUUGAAAACAUUAAUAUUUUUUAUUUUACUUUAAGUUCUGGGAUACAUGUACAGAACAUGCAGGUAUGAUGCAUAGAUAUACAUGUGCCAUGGUGGUUUGCUGCACCUAUCAACCUGUCAUCUAGGUUUUAAGCCCUACAUGCAUUAGGUAUUUGUCCUAAUGCUCUCCCUCCCCUUGCCCCCAACCUGCCGACAGGCCCCAGUUUGUGAUAUUCCCCUCCCUGUGUCCAUGUGUUCUCAUAAACAUUAAUAUUUUCAACUUACAAUGGGUUUAUCGAUCCCAUCAUAAGUCAAGGACCCUCUGCACUGAAUAUACUUCAUUGUGGAGGGCUGUCUUGUGCAUCAAAGGAGGGUUAGCAGCAUCCCUGGCUUCUACCCAUUACGUACUAUGGCAUACCUUCUUCCACUGUUGUGACAACCAAAAUAUCUCCAGAUAUUGCUAGAUUGGGCAAAAUUUUACCCAGUUGAGAAUCACUGGCUUAAAAGGAAAAAGGCCAUUGCAUGGAUGUGCAAUAACACCUUUAGCCAUUUCCUAAUGAUGUCAUUUAAUCAGUUAGGAUUUUUGUUUUGUUUUUAGUAUUUUGCUGUUACAAAUAAAGCUGCAAUGAACAUUGUUUCUUUGUGUACUUGGGCAUGAUACAUUUCUAAAAGUGAAAUUGCUAGGUUACAAGAUUUUAUAUUUAGGAUUGUGAUGUUGGCUCUAUGACCUCUAAAGACAUUAAACAAAUAGCACUACCUUUACUAUUUUAUUACAAAUAUUCUUUUUUGAAUUUCCUCAAUUUUUAAACUUAAAUAAGAUCCAUGAAAGUAUGGGUUUAUAUGAUAAUAUUCAUUUUCCUACUAUACAUUAAAAUAAACACAUUAAAUACUUUAAAAAAUCCCUCAUGCACAACCAAAAAUCAUCUUUUACACCAAAUAUUAGAACACUCCCUUCACUUUAAAGAUGUGGUAACUGACUAGAAAAGAGUCUUCCCUUCAAGUAUACAGUGAUCUGUGGUCAAUAUUCUUUGGAUUUUUUUUUAUUAUUCAACCAACUGAUUUUGUUUAAGUCAUACUUCGCUAAUUCAUUCACAUGAAAUAUUUGGCCAAAUGCUCUGUUAAAACCAAAGCACUUCACGUCUUUGAUCUUGCCUUCAUCUUGAUAAUUGUUGUAAAAUGUGAGAGGUGUCACACUGCUGCAGGGAUUUCUUCAGUUACUCAGUAAAGGACAUUUGCAAAUGUCAUUUCUAACUUCAUGAGAACAGGCUAAGCACUAGGGAGGGAUAUUUUCUAAGUAUCCAGGUGGUUGGGUAAAAAUAAAAAGCAAUGGUUGUAAUUUUUUUUUUUUUUGACAGCAAGAACUGAAGGAAAAGGAUUGAGAACACACAGAGCGACACGACACACUGAUUUUCAACAUAACCCCCAUUCAGCAUUUUACUAUUCAUCAUCCGCUGAACAUAUAGAGGCAUAGUUGCCAGCUCUUUGGCACGGUCAUCCCUGCAUUAUGCAGAGGUCAUUCCUGGGCAUCCAUUGUUAUAUCUUGGCAUUCUCAGAAUCAUCAGUCAUUUUUGCAAGGCACAGAGGGGUCAGGUCUGAGAUCUAGCCGUGCUCAAUGCAGCAGAAUAGGAAUCCAGAGGAUGACUCAGGUGCAGAUGAAUUAAGUUCAAAUUGGCAGGCCAAUUUGGCUUCUGUGUUAGGUACAGCAUUAGCAGCUAGUGCCCCUAUUAGGAGUUUCAGUGAAGGCCACAGCCUAGUGGGCAAUCUCAGUGAUGUGAAAUCUUGAGGGGCAGGGGAUACUGUGGGAGGAGGCUCAGAAGUGGAGGAAGAUAGGCAUUCCACAUCAAAGAGGUCUUAAAAGACAGGAGGCGUUUAGGCUAUAGGAUAUGAGGAACCUAGCAAGACAGAGUCAGAAGACCCAGGCCCUAAGAACCAACUGUGGUGCCAGCAGUUUGUAGAACAGGAAGAGAAGUCAAAGCAGGGACCAGACCCAGUUACAAGAAUGAGGGCACAAGGGCUAGGAAUGGGGGAACAAGAGCAUGGUCGUUGUAGUCAGAAAACAUACCAGGGGUAGUCUAACCAAUGGUACAAGUUGUUGCCAAGCAUGAUCCGGUGUUGGUCUCAGGAGGCCUAAUUUUCUCCUAAUUCAGGUGAAUAUUAGUCCAAGGAAUGGAUGGUGGCAUUGAGCAUGCAAGUGGGACCCAAGUUGCCUCAGUGAUGGUACAGAGUGAGAAUUGCAUCUGAAAUCAUUUUGGCAACAAAACUCAUGUUUUCCUCACUGCGCUCAUCAUGCUGCUUCUCCAAGAAAGAGACACAUAGUCUAGCUCUAGGGAUAUGAUCAGUCUGUUCACUAAAUCAUAAGCUCCUUGAAAGCAGAAACUGUUUCAAGUGCCGAGUAGGGCGUGGCACAUGCUCAGUGAUUAUUUGUUGAAUACAUAAAGAAAGGCAAAGAUGGAUGAAGAAAAGGAGAUAUAGUCUGGGUUGGGUGGGGUAUUCCAUCAGGCUUUCCCAGAGUUUCAGUGAAAUACUCCAAACAUUCUGUACAAUUUUUUGCUUUUAUUCCAUCAUAUCCAAGCAAACUGCUGAUUUAAAACAAUGACUUUCCUGGUUUCUUCAUACUGGAAAUGAAGGAUAGAUGUUAUAUGAAUUUGACCACCAGUCAUUAUUUCCCUGUGUUGUGGAUUAUAUUGACAUCUGGUUAAUACCUCGUGGUAGUUCAUCUGGAUUAGAUGAGCAGCAUCAGUCUCUGUGAAGGUGGGCAUAGGGUCCAAGACCCUCUGUAGCAGAGAAAGAAAACUGAUGAAUCAUAAAAGCAUGUGGCUUGCAGUCUGGUAAUAAAAACGGUAUUUUUUUUUAAUCUUUCAUAGUCCUGUUGUUGCAUGUUUUAAAAACUGGCUCUUAGAUGUCCAGAAUUGUAUCCAUUAUAUUCUUGAGGUUCAUAACACAUCCUCACAAUUGGCUCAUAUACUGACUCAAAUAUUGUUGACUUAUAAAAAUUCAGGUUUUGUCUUCUUCUGAGAAACUGAAGGAUCCAGCAACACUGGGUCUGUUUCCCUUCAGGGAAACCAUUAGCAGCUGCCCAGAGUGCUGUCCCUCUUUAUACUGAUCUCUGUUGUCUCCUGACAAAGAGGCUUCAUGUCAGUUGAUGUACAUCAUUGGGCAUGAACUGUUACUUUUCUAAUAAAAUGGAGAGAGCUGUUUUAUUGCAUCUACGCCAUCCAUUUACAUUACCUGCCUGGCAAGUGUCUUUUGAGUUUGAGAACUCUGCUCUGCUGGGCAACCCUUUUGACAUCCCUAAUAAUAGCUACCAUUCACGGAGCCCUUAUUAUAUGCAAGCACAAAACUAACAAUUUUUGACCCAUUAUCUCUUUGAUCUCUAUAAAGCUCUAUGAGGUAAGUCCGAGCUGUCAUCUCCAUUUUACAAGCAUGGAAACUGAAGCUCACAGAGGCAGGUAAUUUGUGCAAGAUCACAAAACUUCUAAGUGGUGACACUGAGAUUCAAACUUUCAAUUCAAACCUUGGAUUCAAAGCCUAAAUCCAAAGUUAGAGUUUAAAUUAUUUUUUAAAAUUACGCUGCUUCCCAGCCAAUAAUCUUUUAAUAAUAGAAUUGCUGCUACCAUAUGGGGUUUCUCCCCCCGACGGUACCUCUUCCUGGUAUUCAAUGCCAACCUGGUGCUGUUGCUUUGUUGGAGAGGGAGGACAGGUGGUUCUGGGGUCACUAUGACUCUAAUAAAUUACUGAUCCUGGCACUGGGGUGUGUGUUUGUGUGUGUGUGUGUGUGUGUGUGUGUGUGUAGCUGGGCUGUCCCAGCGCUAUCCACAGGGAAGCUCCUAUAAAGGGCUCCAUCUCUGGCCUCACAGCUAUCAGACCAUUGAGAUGUUGAAGUUGUUGCUGUGGAUUGGUGAGUGUGGCAAGUCCCAGCAGUGUCACUCAGUCCAGGAGGUGCCAGGCUUUAUGAGUUUGUCAUCUCUCUGGUGCCUGAGAGAGCAGCCUGAGACUCAGGGAGCCUAGAUUAGGUAGAGAUGGGAUGGGCCAUAGUUAACGGUCAGAGGUCAGAGGGACCCAGGGAGAAGUGGUCAGAGCAGUGGUUCUCAAACCUGGUGGCACAUUAGAAAUUUUAAAUGCCUGAGUUCCACCUUGGACCAGUUCUGUCAGAAUCUCUGCAUGACCAGCCAGGAUAUCAGCACUUCUUAAUUUGCAGCCAGGGUUGAGAACCACUGGCCUCAAGCUUUUUCUGGGACUUCUAACACUCGUCGUUGUCCCUGGGCAAAGCAUGAGCAUAUACACAUGUUCAUCAGAAAGAAAGGAACUUACAUCUAGCUCCACUGGUCCAACUUUAGAGACUAGGAAAUGAGUGAAUGGUGUGUGUGUCCCCAUUUGUGUGUCUGCAUCUGCAUAAGGUGCUGUGUUGGGCACCCUUGCUAAUCAGAGGGUGUGCUGUGGCAUGCAGCUCUGGUGAGGGUAUGAAUCUCUGUGUGACUCCUCCCUUUGUUUCCCGCAGGGCUGGUUCUUGUGCUGAAACACCACGAUGGUGCUGCCCAUAAACUGGUGUGUUAUUUCACCAACUGGGCACACAGUCGGCCAGGCCCCGCCUCGAUCUUGCCCCAUGACCUGGACCCCUUUCUCUGCACCCACUUGAUAUUUGCCUUUGCCUCAAUGAACAACAAUCAGAUUGUUGCUAAGGAUCUCCAGGAUGAGGAAAUUCUCUACCCAGAGUUCAACAAACUAAAGGAGAGGAACAGAGAGCUGAAAACACUACUGUCCAUCGGUGGGUGGAACUUUGGCACCUCAAGAUUCACCACUAUGUUGUCCACAUUUGCCAACCGUGAAAAGUUUAUUGCUUCAGUUAUAUCCCUUCUGAGGACACAUGACUUUGAUGGUCUUGACCUUUUCUUCUUAUAUCCUGGACUAAGAGGCAGCCCCAUGCAUGACCGGUGGACUUUUCUCUUCUUAAUUGAAGAGCUCCUGUUUGCCUUCCGGAAGGAGGCACUGCUCACCAUGCGCCCAAGGCUGCUGCUGUCUGCUGCUGUUUCUGGGGUUCCACACAUCGUCCAAACAUCCUAUGAUGUGCGCUUUCUAGGAAGACUCCUGGAUUUCAUCAAUGUCUUGUCUUAUGACAUACAUGGAAGUUGGGAAAGGUUCACAGGACAUAAUAGCCCCCUGUUCUCUCUGCCUGAAGACCCCAAAUCUUCGAUUUGUUCCUUUGUGUGGGGAGCGAAGAAGCACUGGAUUGAUUAUCAGUAUGUCCCAUAUGCCAACAAGGGGAAAGAAUGGGUUGGCUAUGACGAUGCCAUCAGCUUCAGUUACAAGGCAUGGUUUAUAAGGCGAGAGCAUUUUGGGGGGGCCAUGGUGUGGACAUUGGACAUGGAUGACGUCAGGGGCACUUUCUGUGGCACUGGCCCUUUCCCCCUUGUCUACGUAUUAAAUGAUAUCCUGGUGCGGGCUGAGUUCAGUUCAACUUCUUUACCACAAUUUUGGCUGUCAUCUGCUGUGAAUUCUUCAAGCACUGACCCUGAAAGGCUGGCUGUGACCAAGGCAUGGACCACUGAUAGUAAGAUUUUGCCCCCAGGAGGAGAAGCUGGGGUCACCGAGAUCCAUGGAAAGUGUGAAAAUAUGACUAUGACCCCUAGAGGUACAAUUGUGACCCCUACAAAGGAAACUGUAUCCCUUGGAAAGCACACUGUAGCUCUAGGAGAGAAGACUGAGAUCACUGGGGCAAUGACCAUGACUUCUGUGGGUCAUCAGUCCAUGAUCCCUGGAGAGAAGGCCCUGACCCCUGUGGGUCAUCAGUCUGAGCCCCCUGGAAAGACCCUGACCCCUGUGGGUCAUCAGUCUGUGACCACUGGACAGAAGACCCUGACCUCUGUGGGUUAUCAGUCUGUGACUCCUGGGGAAAAGACCCUGACCCCAGUGGGUCAUCAAUCUGUGACCUCUGUGAGUCAUCAGUCUGUGAACCCUGGAGGAAUGACUAUGAUCCCUGCCCGUUUUCAGACUGAGACCCUUAGACAGAAUACAAUGGCCCCUAGAAGGAAGGCUGUGGCCCGUGAAAAGGUGACUGUCCCCUCCAGAAACAUAUCAGUCACCCCUGAAGGGCAGACUAUGCCUUUAAGAGGGGAGAAUUUGACUUCUGAGGUGGGCACUCACCCCAGGAUGGGUAACUUGGGUCUUCAGAUGGAAGCUGAAAACAGGAUGAUGCUGUCCUCCAGCCCUGUCAUCCAGCUCCCGGAACACACUCCUCUAGUUUUUGACAACCGCUUUGUUCCCAUCUAUGGAAACCAUUCCUCUGUCAACUCAGUAACCCCUCAAACAAGUCCUCUUUCUCUAAAAAAAGAAAUCCCAGAAAACUCUGCUGUGGAUCAAGGAGCCUAGGCCCCGCUGGUGUCAGAAACCAGGGAAAACCCUUGUCUUUUCUUCCAAGUGACAUGUUGGAAGCCUCCUCAUCCCAGGGCAAAGCAGGCAUCAAAACCACAAUAGGCCAAUCUCUUUUCCAUUAAAUAAACUGUAAACACAAGAA